AUGACUACUGCCUCUAUUGAUUUGUUUCAAAGAUUAUUUAUUGGUGAUAAUGGCUAUCGACUAAUGGUUGAAAUUGCAAAACAAUUGUCUUGUGAAUCUUUAGGAAUGAUUCAAGAGAUUUUAACAUUUUAUGAAGCUCACAAACAAACACUUCAUUUUUUAGAUUAUCUUAUUCAUCUAGAAAUAUCAAAGUCUGAAAAUGGUACAAUGUUUAGAGGAAAUUCUUUUUGUUCUAGAUGUUUAACAGUAUAUACUUUAAUGACAAUGUCAAACCAAUAUGUUAUUAGUUUUCUUGAAGACCCAAUGGCUAAAGUAUUAAAAGGAGAAUAUACCAAUUUAGAAAUAAAUCCUGACUUUGCUAUAGGACCAAUUGAUGAAAGUAUUUUUAAAUUAAAAGAAAUAGUAGGAAUAUUUAUUGCAAGAAUAAUAGAUACAAUAAAUCUAUGGCCUGAAUCAUAUAGAUAUUUAUGUUAUUCUUUAUACUCAGAAUGUGAAAAAACUACCAUUCUUCAACCAUUACAAUGUGUUAGUGGAUUUUUAGUAUUAAGAGUUAUAUGCCCUGCUAUUAUGCAACCACAUAAAACAGGAUUUUGUAAUGAAAAACCAAAUAACGAUAUUAUGAGAGGAUUAAUUAUAAUUUGUAAAGUUAUUCAAAAUAUUGCAAAUGGUACUUUACCUCAUGAACCUUAUAUGAAAUGUCUUAAUGAAUUUAUCAGUAAAGAAACUGUAGCACUUCAAUUUGCUUUAGAAAAAAUAAGUUUAAUUAGACCUACUAAAUUCUCAUUUGUUCCUAUAAAAGAAAAAGAAUUGGAAAGUUCAAUGAAUUCAAUAAUUAUUAUAUGGAAAAAUAAUAUAAAAAAUGUUGACAAUUACUUACAACAAAAUUGUAGUACUGAAUUUAAGGAACUUGCACAUGCUGUUAUUAAAUAUUCAUCAAAAGGGUAUUUAAAAAGAAAACGUAUUAUGAAUAAGAAAAUGAAGGAAGAUAUUGCAAUUAGUCAAUUGUUUAAUGAAGCAAAACAAGGAAGUGUUACAGAAGUACAAACUAUUAUUAAAAAAUAUCCUGAAAUUAUUGAUUGUACUGAUGUUGAUAUGAUGACACCUUUACAUUAUGCGUGUGUAUUUAAAAAUAUUCCAGUUGCUUUAUUCUUAUAUAAUAAAGGUUCAAGUUUAUAUUUACAAGAUGCAAUGGGUUUUUCUGCUUUACAUUAUGCAUGCCAAGCAAAUUUAAUUGAUCUAUUAAAUUUAAUAAAAGAAAGUAAUUUUGUAGAUGUUGGGAUGACUAAUGAAGAAGGAAACUCUUGUUUACAUUAUUUAGUUCAACAUGAAUUCACACAAUUCCAUUUUCAAUUUCUUGAUUAUCUUACCAGUAAAGAUGAAGCAAUAAUUAAUAUUCAAAAUUAUGCUGGUGAUUCUCCCUUACAUUAUGCAGUUAAUAUUGCUCUAAAUAAUAUUGAGGCAGGAAGAUCAACUAUUUCUGCAUUAAUUCAACAUGGAGCUGAUUGUCAUCUAAAGAAUAUGAAGGGAAAAACUCCAAUGGAUUUAGUUCAAGAAAAAGGAAGAACAGAUCUUGAAAUUGUUAUGAUGAGUGAAACUGUUGUUAAACCUUCAACUAUUCUACCUGAAUCACCAUCUGAUGAUCAAUUUAGACUACGCUCAAAUUCUGGAGAAAAGAAAACAACAAGAAGAAAUUCAUUAUUACUUCAUAGAUCUCCUGCUUCUCCUCGUUUAUUAGCUGCAUAUCAAUCACGAGGUAGUCUUUCAAGAAAACAACCACUUGGAGUGAGCACAUCAUCUCCUGUUUUACUCAAAUAG